AUGCUCUCAACUGAUUCCGGAGGCUCACCGAGCCCGGCACCGGCUCUCUUCCCCUCCGAUCGACCGCCGGACACUUGCACUCCUUUAACGAUAGCUGAAUCUUCUUCUUUGAUGAUGAACGUGGCCACGGCCACCUCCUCCUCUGAUAUGGCUAUUGACUCCUUCUCUUUAUUGUCUGUGCAGAAGCAGGGAGAAUGGGAACCGAUGACGGAAUCCCAACAAGAACAACCUUUGGCGGUGGCUACCAGCCAGCAACGCUUCACCUACGCCAAGGCCGUGACAGGGUUGAAGCCGGCGACGAUAAAAUAG